CUCCCAAUCUGGCAGUCUCUCUCCCUAUCUGCGCUCGCACCUUGUCUCACACGCACAAGCGGAGCAGAGCAGAGCCAUGGCGCUUCUCUUGCUCCUCGCCUUCCUGCUGGCAACGGCUGCAGCCCCGGCCGCCGCAGUCGCCAUGGACAACGGAACACACGACGGCAGCAAAACCGCCACGUCCGCGGUCCAGUCGUGCAUCGGCGAGGGGUGCGAGCAACCGGCGCAGGCGCUGCCAAUCUACGGGUACCCGCCACCGGCGGCACCGUCGCUGCCAUCCGCACCGCCGGCGCCACCAUCGGUCCCGGGCUCACUGACGCCGUGCCCGCCGGUGACCGUCGUCUGCUGCGGCGGCGGCGGCGGUGCCGGGGGGCAGUUCCCACAGCAACCGAACAACUACGGGCCUCCUGCCGGUGGUUACGUGCCCUAUUACAGCAACGCCUCUGCCUCGCCUCCUGUGCUGCUUGUUCCCGUUACUGCUGGCUACUACGUCAUGGCUGCAGCUUGCAUCUUUUUACUGUGGACUGUGGUGUAGUUACUCUGGCAUGUACUAAAACGGUAGCUUCUAUCUCGGGUUAAUAUAUACUCCUGAGGCUGAGAAGUCGAAAUUAAAGGGGGGUGGGGGGUGGGUGGGGGCCGGGGGGCGCAUGUAUACUAUGAGUAAAUAAUAAAAAUAUAGAUGAGGGAGAUGUGUAUACUCGACGUGUUGGGUUCAACGUAAUGGGGUUCAAGGGUAAAUACUGUCGUGUGUAAAUGUGCUUCACGGCGUCUCCAUUCUCCUCUGAUAUUACACAACAAGCCUAUAAUCUGUUGUAAAAAAAAAAA